UUAAGGGAAUGUAUUCAAGGUACCAUCACAUAAGAAAAGGAAAAACUUGGCUCUUCAAAAGGAAACUAAUGAUGUUUUAAAACUACAAUUACAGUGGUUUGUGAGCCAGCCUUCAGUAGGUACAAGUAAAAUAUAAACAGUCUGCUAAAAUGGCCUUAAUAUACAUAAAUCAGAAAACAUUCGCUCCUUGCUUCACUCACUGUCUCCUAGUCCCUUGUUGAAUACCUCAGUGCCGUCCCCGCAUGCAAAGGUACAAUUAUCCGUGUCUCUAUUGGGGAACUUAAAAGUAGACAAUGCUGAUGCUAAAUCCCAAAGUCUGUACAUACGACGUAAGUAAAAUGGUCACAUUGUAAUUGUCUGUUGAAAAACUUUCUGAUCUUUCUGAUAGAACUAUACUUUUUACUAUACAUCAACAAACUUAUCACAUACACCUACAAUACAGGGCAUUUUGUUAUAUGUUGAGGGUUACAUUUGCAUGAUAAAAAUUUACUUGAAAUCUUAGGAUUUAUAGAAGGCUGCUUCCAGGGUAAAAAGUUCCUGGGAUUUUUCUGAUGGUGGUGGCGAUGGCGGUGUUGGAAGCUUUCUUAGAUUGGAUGAGUAAUGUUUUUUUGUCACAUGCUCAUGAGUGAAACCCUGGGAAUUGUGGUUCCAAGAGAAAUACAGAAAAAAAUACAGAGUGUAGGGCAUCACCUGGGAAGAGUUUGGUGUCCAGGUUUUUGUUUGGUCUCUGGGCUUCUUUCCUGGGCGUCACAGUCAGAGGAGUGCCUACGGUUGUAUGACACCCUCACCUUUUACUUGUUUCUCUCCCCCUCACCUGGUUUUCUUCUGGAGAGCAACAUCCCUCCGUGCUCCUCACACACCAGCUUGGCGGACCGAGGCUCAGUGAGUGCAUGAUGUGUAGGGAAGGCUUGCUGCUUCCCCCACCUGACCUGUGACUGCGUGGUUAGAGGAAGAUUGGCUUAUUUGAUGGGAGACCCUUUGCUGUACGUUUCUGUGAAGAGCAGGAGUGGGUCGGCCUGGUUCUCUGUCCCAGUUCUUGCUAAUCCGCUCCCCAGCCCUGUGCUGCAGAUGCUGCUGAUUACCCCAUUUUACAGAAGAGGUCAUUAAGGCAUGAGAGGCGGCUUCGUAAGGUCCCACCAAGAGGUGCAGUUGGACAUGGAUGCUGGCCAUUUGCUUCUCAGCUCUACUGCCGCUCAUGGUCCGGUUUUGAUGAUUAAGUUCUGUCUGUAAAUUUCUUGGCACAGAGUGAAUGCUAAAUGAAUAGUAACUAAAUACAGAUUAUGCCUAUUAUCAGCCCAGAAUUCUGACGACAGCGAUGGACCUUGGGGCUUGUUACACUGCUCCCGGCAGCAGAAAGCUCAGGCCUUGGCUUUCAGAUUCGUCCCCUCCUGUGAGACCUGUUGAAUACAAUGUGCAAUUGGUGCAAACUCCCUCUGCCGCUACAGUGUUUCUUCAUCCUACUUACACGUGACUCCUAAAAAAAUUAACUCCGCUGCCCGUGUGGGUUGGAGUUGAGUCCGGAAGGAGUGACUGUAGUGAGCCUGAGCAUCCCAGAUUACGAGGAGGGCACAGGUGGGCCGUGUGAUCGGUAGGUGACAGCGAUACAGUGGUCGCUCUCAGGUGUGUUUUCUUAGCCCACCUUCCUCUUUCUCAAAUUCUUGACCUUCCACUGACUUGCCCUUCCCUCCAAUUUUUCCAACCUGGAAAGGAAGAAAAGCCGCCACAGAAGGAGAAGGAGGGCGGAGGUGAUUUUAGGAGCCUGGGGGACAGAAGGCAGAGGAAAUAGCAUGGAAUUAAGCUCUAGGAAAUAUUUUUACAGGCUGGCUAAAACCUUUUGGGUUGCUUUUUACUUGUUUGUUUGUUUUUUUAUUGGGGGGAGGGGCAGUUAGCAGUUAUUGAACACCUUGAGUAACAACUGUCUAUGUCCUCAAAAUCUUUCUCAGUCUCUUUGUUAGUUUGUUGAGAACUCAGCCUCUGUUGCUGUUAGUUUGUUGAGAACUCAGCCUCUGUUUGCAUAUUUAAACAUUAUUUGGGUUCUACUAAUGAUGAACACACUGUUUCUCUUAUUAUAUGUUCUUAUAUUUUCUUACUAGAAGGUAUGCAGCCAGCAGGAGCCAGUAAUUCUCCUCCUCGGUUAGGUUGCUGAUAUGUGUUCAAGAUGAGUGGGAUGGGAGAAAACACCUCUGACCCGUCCAGGGCAGAGACAAGAAAGCGCAAGGAAUGUCCUGACCAGCUCGGACCCAGCCCCAAGAGGAGCACUGAGAAACGCAAUCGUGAACAGGAAAAUAAAUAUAUCGAAGAACUUGCAGAGCUGAUAUUUGCAAAUUUUAACGACAUAGACAACUUUAACUUCAAACCUGACAAAUGUGCAAUCUUAAAAGAAACUGUGAAGCAAAUCCGUCAGAUCAAAGAACAAGAGAAAGCAGCGGCUGCCAACAUAGACGAGGUGCAGAAGUCAGACGUGUCAUCCACGGGGCAGGGUGUCAUCGACAAGGAUGCGCUGGGGCCCAUGAUGCUGGAGGCCCUUGAUGGGUUCUUCUUUGUAGUGAACCUGGAAGGCAACGUUGUGUUUGUCUCAGAGAAUGUGACACAGUACCUAAGGUAUAACCAAGAGGAGCUGAUGAACAAAAGUGUAUAUAGCAUCCUGCAUGUUGGGGACCACACUGAAUUUGUCAAAAACCUGCUGCCAAAGUCUAUAGUGAACGGGGGAUCUUGGUCUGGCGAACCUCCCAGGCGCAACAGCCAUACGUUCAAUUGUCGGAUGCUGGUGAAACCUUUGCCUGAGUCUGAAGAGGAAGGUCAUGAUAACCAGGAAGCACAUCAAAAAUACGAAACUAUGCAGUGCUUUGCUGUCUCUCAACCAAAGUCCAUCAAGGAAGAAGGAGAAGUGUCUUCGAUUGAAGAUUUGCAGUCCUGCUUGAUUUGUGUGGCAAGGAGAGUCCCCAUGAAGGAAAGACCGGUUCUUCCCUCAUCAGAAAGUUUUACUACUCGCCAGGAUCUCCAAGGCAAGAUCACAUCACUGGACACGAGCACCAUGCGGGCCGCCAUGAAGCCCGGCUGGGAGGACCUGGUGAGGAGGUGCAUUCAGAAGUUCCAUGCCCAGCACGAGGGGGAGUCUCUGUCUUACGCCAAGAGGCAUCACCAUGAAGUGCUGAGACAAGGGUUGGCUUUCAGUCAGAUCUACCGUUUCUCCUUGUCCGACGGCACUCUUGUUGCUGCACAAACGAAAAGCAAGCUCAUCCGUUCUCAGACUACUAAUGAGCCUCAGCUUGUCAUAUCUUUGCAUAUGCUUCACAGAGAGCAGAAUGUGUGUUUAAUGAAUCCGGAUCUGACUGGACAAGCAAUGGGGAAGCCAUUGAAUCCAAUUAGCUCCAGCAGCCCUGCCCAUCAGGGCAUGUGCAGCGCGAACCCAGGUCAGGACAUGGCCCUUGGUAGCAAUAUGAAUUUCCCCAUAAACGGCCCCAAGGAGCAAAUGAGCAUGCCCAUGGGCAGGUUUGGUGGUUCCGGGGGACUGAACCAUGUGUCGGGCAUGCAAGCCACCACUCCUCAGGGUAGUAACUAUGCACUCAAAAUGAACAGUCCCUCACAGAGCAGCCCUGGCAUGAAUCCAGGCCAGCCCACCUCCAUGCUUUCACCGAGACAUCGCAUGAGCCCUGGGGUGGCUGGAAGCCCCCGAAUCCCACCCAGCCAGUUUUCCCCUGCAGGAAGCUUGCAUUCCCCCGUGGGAGUUUGCAGCAGCACAGGAAAUAGCCAUAGCUACACCAACAGUUCCCUCAACGCACUUCAGGCCCUCAGCGAGGGGCACGGGGUCUCUUUGGGGUCAUCGUUGGCUUCGCCGGACCUAAAAAUGGGCAAUUUGCAAAACUCCCCAGUGAAUAUGAAUCCUCCCCCACUCGGCAAGAUGGGGAGCUUGGACUCCAAAGACUGCUUUGGGCUGUAUGGGGAGCCCCCUGAAGGCCCAGCUGGCCAGGCAGAGAGCAGCUGCCAUCCUGGAGAGCAAAAGGACACCAGUGAGGCCAGUGGACCCCAGGGUGUGAGCAGCGAGCGAGCUGACGGGCAGAACAGACUGCAUGACAGCAAAGGACAGACCAAACUCCUCCAGCUGCUGACCACCAAAUCCGACCAGAUGGAGCCUUCGCCGCUGUCCAGCUCUUUGUCGGACACAAACAAGGACUCCGCGGGUAGCUUGCCCGGUUCCGGGUCGACACAUGGGACCUCGCUCAAGGAGAAGCAUAAGAUUUUGCACAGACUCCUGCAGGACAGCAGUUCUCCUGUGGACUUGGCUAAGUUAACAGCAGAAGCCACAGGCAAAGAGCUGAGCCAGGAGGCCAACAGCACAGCUCCUGGUUCGGAGGUGACUGUGAAACAGGAGCCAGUGAGCCCCAAGAAGAAAGAGAAUGCACUACUUCGCUAUUUGCUGGAUAAAGAUGAUACUAAAGACAUUGGCUUACCGGAAAUAACCCCCAAACUUGAGCGGCUGGACAGUAAGACGGACCCUGCCAGUAACACAAAGUUAAUAGCUAUGAAGACCGAGAAGGAGGAGAUGAGCUUUGAGCCUAGUGACCAGCCUGGCAGCGAGCUGGACAACUUGGAGGAGAUUUUGGAUGAUUUGCAGAAUAGUCAAUUACCACAGCUUUUCCCAGACACGAGGCCUGGCGCCCCUGCUGGAUCAGUUGACAAGCAAGCCAUCAUCAAUGACCUCAUGCAACUCACAGCUGAAAACAGCCCGGUUACACCUGUUGGAGCCCAGAAAACAGCACUGCGAAUUUCCCAGAGCACUUUUAAUAACCCACGACCAGGGCAACUGGGCAGGUUAUUGCCAAACCAGAAUUUACCACUUGACAUCACAUUGCAAAGCCCAACUGGUGCUGGACCCUUCCCACCAAUCAGAAACAAUAGUCCCUACUCAGUGAUACCUCAGCCAGGAAUGAUGGGUAACCAAGGGAUGAUAGGAAACCAAGGAAAUGUAGGGAACAGUAGCACAGGGAUGAUAGGUAGUAACGCCGCCCGGCCCACCAUGCCAUCUGGGGAGUGGGCACCGCAGAGUUCCGUGCGAGUCACCUGUGCUGCUACCGCCAGCGCCAUGAACAGGACGCUCCAAGGAGGUAUGAUUCGGAAUCCAGCCGCCAGCAUCCCCAUGAGACCCAGCAGCCAGCCUGGCCAAAGGCAGAUGCUUCAGUCUCAGGUCAUGAAUCUAGGGCCAUCUGAGUUAGAGAUGAACAUGGGGGGCACCCAGUAUAGCCAACAGCAAGCUCCUCCGAACCAGACCGCCCCAUGGCCUGAGAGCAUCCUGCCCAUAGACCAGGCCUCCUUCGCCAGCCAGAGCAGGCAGCCGUUUGGCAGCUCCCCUGAUGAUCUGCUGUGCCCACACCCUGCCGCUGAGUCUCCCAGCGACGAGGGCGCCCUCCUGGACCAGCUCUACCUGGCCUUGCGGAACUUCGAUGGCCUGGAGGAGAUUGACAGAGCUUUGGGAAUACCCGAACUGGUCAGCCAGAGCCAGGCAGUCGAUCCAGACCAGUUCUCGAGCCAGGACUCCAACAUGAUGCUGGAGCAGAAGGCACCCGUCUUCCCCCAGCAGUACGCGUCUCAGGCCCAGAUGGCCCAGGGGAGCUAUUCUCCCAUGCAGGACCCCAACUUCCACAGCAUGGGGCAGCGGCCUAGUUACGCCACACUCCGCAUGCAGCCCAGACCCAGCCUCCGGCCCACAGGUCUGGUACAGAACCAGCCCAAUCAGCUGAGGCUCCAACUGCAGCAUCGCCUCCAAGCACAGCAGAAUCGCCAGCCCCUUAUGAAUCAAAUGAGCAAUGUGUCCAAUGUGUCCAACCUGACUCUGAGGCCUGGAGUACCAACACAGGCACCUAUUAAUGCCCAGAUGCUGGCCCAGAGGCAGCGGGAGAUCCUGAACCAGCAUCUCCGCCAGAGACAGAUGCAUCAGCAACAGCAAGUUCAGCAAAGGACUUUGAUGAUGAGAGGCCAAGGGUUGAAUAUGACAUCAAGCAUGGUGGCUCCUAGUGGGAUGCCCGCAACAAUGAGCAACCCCCGGGUCCCCCAGGCAAAUGCACAGCAGUUUCCAUUUCCUCCAAACUACGGAAUAAGUCAGCAACCUGAUCCUGGUUUCACUGGGGCUACCACACCCCAGAGCCCUCUGAUGUCACCCCGAAUGGCGCACACGCAGAGCCCCAUGCUGCAGCAGACCCAGGCCAGCCCCGCCUAUCAGGCCUCCUCUGAUAUGAACGGAUGGGCACAGGGGUCUAUGGGUGGGAACAGCAUGUUUUCACAGCAGUCCCCACCUCACUUUGGGCAGCAAGCAAACACCAGCAUGUACAAUAACAAUAUGAACAUCAAUGUAUCCAUGGCGACCAACACAGGUGGGAUGAGCAACAUGAACCAGAUGACAGGACAGAUCAGCAUGACCUCAGUGACCUCCGUGCCUACGUCAGGGCUGUCCUCCAUGGGUCCCGAGCAGGUUAAUGACCCUGCUCUGAGGGGAGGCAGCCUUUUCUCAAACCAGCUGCCUGGAAUGGAUAUGAUUAAGCAGGAGGGAGACGCAUCACGGAAAUACUGCUGACACUGAAGGUAGCUGGCUGCUUCUUUCUUCAGCUGACUGGGCUCACUUGCUCACAACACUUCCUGGUCUGGGAUGGAGAGCUGCGUCUAUUUGUUUUGACCCCACCGGCCUGCCAGCCAGGUCUGCCCAGCGAGCUCAGCAGACGCGGGCCUGGCCCUGGGAGCGGCGGCUGCAAGAGGGGCUGCCUCUCUCUCUCUCUCUCUCUCUCUCUCUCUCUCUCUCUCUCUCUCUCUCUCUCUCCAGCCUGAAGCUUGUGUCCAGACAGUUGCUCAGUCUGUUCACUGCAUUCACCUUAGUGCAACUUAGAUCUCUCCUGCGAAGUAAAUGUUGACAGGCAAAGUUCAUACCCAUGUCAGGUUGAAUGUAUUUAAAUGUACGUAUUUAAGGGAAACAACCGUGCUCUUGUUCUGUUCCUGUUUGGUUCCAGACACUGGUUUCUUGCUUUGUUUUCCCUGGCUAAUCAGUCCUGUACAAAAGAUUACGAUUUCAUUGGGGGGAAAUAAAGGGUUUUUUUUAAAAAAAAAAAAUCAAACUGCAUUUGGGAUAAAAGCAGGGCAGACACCAUGGACAGCGCUGUAUGGACAGAGAUGCCCACAAAGUGAAGACCGUUAUCUGCAGAAAGCUCUCAAGACCAAGUUGCGAAGAGUUUCCAGCUAAUGAACAGAUGAAAAGGCGCACGUGAGAGGGCUGUUCAUGUAACAAGGACUUUUUCCUUUCUUUUAUUUUUGUUAAAACCAAACAAGUUCAUCUAAAUCAUUAAUCAAGAAGAAAUAUUAUUCAUUUUCAAAUUAAGUUCCCUUUCAAUUGAUCAGACAGCUUGGAUUAGCAUCUCCUCUUCCUCCCUGAUCCUGACUCUUCCUUCCCCAGUCCCCACCCCCCCCACCCCCAACUUUCAUUCAUUUAACAAAACAAUAAAAGCAACAGAAACCAGACAAGCCCCUUAUUUCCUUAAAUGUUUUGCCAGCCACUUAGCAAUUGCUAACUUAAAUUUCAGAAAAAUGCAUUUACUGGCAAGGAGAGGAGCAGAGUCAGCACGAUCCCGAUCCCACUGGCGACACCUGCUCCCAAAGCGUGUCUGUCCUGGUCCCCAGUGACACAGACCCACACACAGGCCGUCCAGGCGUGUUUUACGCUGAAGCAGCAGAGACACGCUAGGGUCACCUCCGCCAUGAGUUUUUUAUUUUGUUUUUUAGCAGUGCUAAGCCGAAGUUUUGUAAGGUACAUAAAAUCCAAUUUAUAUGUAAACAAGCAAUAAUUUAAGUUGAGAACGUGUUUUAAUUGUAUAAUUUUUGUGAGGUAUACAUAUUGUGGAAUUAACUCAAAAAUGAGGUACUUCAGUAUUAAAUUAGAUAUCUUCAUAGCAAUGUCUCCUAAAGGUGUUUUGUAAAGGAUAUCAAUGCCUUGAUUAGACCUAAUUUGUAGACUUAAGACUUUAUUUUCUAAACCUUGUGAUUCUGCUCAUAAAUAAUUUAUCCAAUCUAUAUGAUAUGCAGCCGCCAUAGGACCCAGAUCUUGAUUUUUAUAUGUUUAUAUUCUUUCUUAAUGAACCUUGGGAAGACCACCUGUGGUGAGCAGGCCACUUUCGUGGUUGUUUCUCUCACCCACGCGGGAAGGGGAAUAAUCUUUUAUUAAUUGGUGUCAGUUUCAGACAAAUGCAAUACCAAGAAACUGAUCACCUUUUUUGAGCUAUUUCUCCCCAACCCCUAAGACUUUCUUACCUAAAUUUCAGAAUGGUGUCUUUUUGAUGUCUAAAAAGCAAAGCAUUUUAUAUCUCACUAAGCCAGGCUUUUUAGGAACAGAGAGGUUUUUCCUUGAAAUUUGAUUGAUUGUUUGUUUGUGGCCGGGUGGACAAUGGACAAACUACCCCUAUUUAUAUGUAUAUCUCUCCCUAUACGUACAAGUGACGGAUUAUAGAGAGAGAUAUACCGGUAGCCCAAAGAUAAAUGGUAAGUAGACAGUCUGAAGGUGUUGCUCCAUACUAAAGAAAUUUUCUGGAAAUUUGCAUUUCGAUACUUUUUUCCACUUGAGAGGGGUCUCACUACAGGGAGGUGGCCCAGAACAGCACUUCUCGGGGCCAUCAGUCCACAUGCCCCCUCACCAGGCUCUACUCUUCUCAACCAAACCCUGGGUUGCCCAACUGCGAUGGAUAAAACGAGCAGACGUUGGCCCAGAACUCCGUGACCGAAUCCGUGUGCCAAGGCUUAUGUCCUACACGAUGUCAUGUGACCAGUUUUAAGUUGCUUUUUAGAAACAUGUGACUUAGAAUGACUUUAACUUCACACAGCACAAAGGAGAAAUGGAGUUUAAGCUGGAUUUGUUUUGUUUUGAGUUUUAAGUCCCCUUUCACUGUAACACGUCCAAAAAAUUUUUUUAAAAAUCUGUGUAUCUUUUACUGUUUACCCAUCUGCCCACUGUGUUUUAAUGUCAACCCCAAGUCAGAUAAAUCUGUAAACCAGUGAAGCUGGUAAUUUCGAAUAAUUCACGGCUGUUUUGAAGGAAAAGAGGUUAUAAAUUCUCUUAUGGCUCUGAUCAGGGAAUGAAUGGGUUUUGCUUUACAUCUAAUUAAGAGAAGAAAAGUAAGUGAAGGAAUCCUCUGAUCAUAUUGAUCACUGUGGAAGCAAAAGCCAAAUCGACCCCCUUCGUUAUCAGUAUUUCUCAUGCUGUACACAGUAAAUUUGUUAGACUGAGUCCUUGGUUUUUGUUUAAUAGGACAAAGAAUCAGUGUUUUACUUUUAUUACUAAAUGUGAAAAACAAAUAAUGUGAAAAGUAUACAUACAUUCACUUGGUUGUAAGACUCAUUUAAGUGUUCAUGUAAUGUGGUGAGUUGGAAAGUGAAGUGAGCUCUUUGACUACAAUGAAUUUGUUUGACUCAAAGAUUAAAAUGUCCCUUCCCACGUGUAUCUCCUAUGGCCUGUAAUAAUUGAAAGCAAUGUUUUUGCAGUUUAUAUAAUGCAAUUUUUAAUCUGUGUUUAAAAAUGGAGUUCAUAUGGGCUGACCACAUGAAAUGGGUGGCCCACAUCCACUGUAGAACCCAAAGAUACACAAUCAAUUUUGAAAUGCAACUUAAGCCAUUAAUUGUUGGUGUGAAUUUAAAAUUUUCUAGUAUUUGUAUGGUAGUGUGCUGCCUAAGAGCAAAGCAUUCUCUGCACAAAAGAAAAUUACUGUAGUGGCUUCAAUUUUAAUUAGAAUUUUCUCCCUGGUGUUUCUUUAUAGACUAAAACAAAAUCUUUUAAGUUUCUUACUACAGGUAAAAGCUAUGUGCAAGAACCUCAAAAUGCUAAAAUCUAGCAUAAUGCCUUAGAUCUGUUUUUAAGUCUUGUAUAUUCCUACAUAGCUGUCCGAUGUAUUAUAUUUGUAUAGUGAAUUGUGUACAAUUUUUUGAAUAAGUACAUCAUCACUCAACCUUUACGUUGUUGGAUGGUGAUGAUGAUACAUUUCUUCAAACAUUUAACUGUCUUUUUUUCCCUUUGUCAUUUGUGGGUUUUAUUUGUACAGUUCCUCAUGAAGUUGCAUCUGAGAUGUGUGUAUAUGAAAAGAUUAUACAAGGGUAAAAUUAAGCAAUAUAUUAACUAUGGUUCUUCAGGAGAAAGCUUACAGUGUUUCAGGUUGUGGUUUAUUUUCCAAAUGGAGUUGACUCUGAACAUCACCUUGUUCACCUGCAUCGAUGUUUGUAUUUCUCGUGUGAGCAGUUUAUGCAAAGGUAGAUAUAUUCAGAGAAAUUUUAAAUACAUUUAUGCAAGUUAAUAUUGCUUUGCUGAUGCUCUUUGCUUAUUUGAUGUUAAAUAAUGCUAUUGUAAAUAAAGAAUUCUGUUGUUAUUGCAUCAUUUAAUAAAUUUUAAUGCCUUCGGGUUUUACAUGGC